AUGUUACUAUCAUUCUCAAACAACCAACUCCUUGAUGGUAACUCAACCAACGAUUCAAAGGAAUCCGAAACAACAGGCGAUAAACUGAUAGGAGGGCUCUUAACCGCGGAUUUCGAUGAAGGUUCUUGCUUGAGUAGGUAUAAAAAAACUUCCUUCUAUCGCAAGGCUUCACCAUAUAAACCUUCUGAAUAUCUCGUCUCUAAGCUUAGAAACUAUGAGAUUCUUCACAAACGUUGCGGUCCAGGCACAGAAGCUUACAAGGAAGCAACAGAGCAUUUUGUUCAUGAUGAAUAUUAUGGAAGCAAUGGUGAAUGCAGAUACAUUGUGUGGAUUGCAAGUGACGGGCUUGGGAACCGAAUACUUACUCUUACUUCUGUGUUCCUCUACGCUCUCUUGACAGAGAGAAUCAUUCUUGUUGAUCAAAGCAAGGAUAUUAGUGAUCUCUUUUGCGAGCCAUUUCCCGGUACUUCAUGGUUCCUUCCUCUUGACUCUCCAAUUGCGAAACAGAUUUAUGGAUACAACAAGGAAUACUCUCGUUGUUACGGAACAAUGGUGAACAAUCAAGCCAUCAACUCAACUUCAAUCCCGCCACAUCUAUAUCUUCAUAUACUCCAUGAUUCAAGGGAUGAAGAUAAGAUGUUCUUCUGCCGGAAGGAUCAAAGUUUGAUCGACAAAGUCCCUUGGUUGAUUGUUAGAUCCAAUGCUUACUUUGUUCCAACUUUAUGGUUAAAUCCAACUUUUCAACCCGAACUAAUCAAGAUAUUCCCACAGAAAGAUACCGUCUUUCACCAUUUGGCUCGGUAUCUUUUACACCCGACAAAUCAAGUUUGGGGUAUGGUCACUAGGUACUACAAUGCUCAGUUAUCGAGAGCAGACGAGAGACUGGGGAUUCAAGUACGAGUGUUUGGCAAGCCCGCUGGAUAUUUGCAACACGUCAUGGACCAGGUCGUUGGCUGUACACAGAGAGAGAAACUGUUGCCUGAAUUGGCUACACAAGAAGAAUCAAAAGUCAAUAUAUCAAAAAGCCCAAAACUUAAAGCUGUUCUUGUGACAUCUUUAUAUCCAGAAUACUCUGACAAGUUAAAGAACAUGUUUUGGGAGCGACCGAGUUUGACAGGAGAGAUUGUUGAAGUUUUUCAACCAAGUGGAGAAAGGAUUCAACAAACAAACAAGAAGCUUCACGACCAAAAGGCGCUUGCGGAGAUUUAUCUUCUGAGCUUAACCGAUAACAUUGUCACAAGCGCAAGAUCUACAUUUGGAUAUGUUGCUUAUAGUCUUGGAGGAUUAAAGCCAUGGUUACUUUACCAACCAACGGGUCUCGUAACUCCUGAUCCCCAGUGUGUUCGAUCCCCGUCGAUGGAGCCUUGUUUCCAUACUCCUCUGUCUCAUGGAUGUGAAGCUGACUGGGGAAAAGACUCCGGGAAGAUUCUUCCUUUUCUUAGGCAUUGUGAUGAUAUGAUUUAUGGUGGACUUAAGCUAUAUGAUGAGUUAUAG